AUGCCCAGACGUCACCUCGUCAAGCCUUGUCUGCAGUGUCGCUCUCGCAAGGUCCUCUGUGACCGUCGCCCUGGCCGCUGCGCCAACUGCGAGCGCCUGCACCACCGCUGCUCUUUCGAGACAGCAGCCGAUGAGACCCAGGAUCGUCCGCCGGAGAGACGCCGUGGAGUGCGAGCCUGUGUUGCCUGCCAGCAUAACAAGGAGCGGUGCUCGGGCGAGUCGCCAGACUGCCGUUCCUGUCGCCAGAGGGGCCGUCUCUGUCGGUACCCGGAGCGUCGUCCAGCCCGCCAGUCGCCUCCAGUAUCGGGGGGGGGUUCUUACAGGACGAUCAAGCAGCUCGCUGGUAGGUCGUUGACGUUGACUCGCGUCGAUUUGCUCAGCCUGCUUGACCAUUACUUCCUUCACCUCUACCCCCUCCCCUCGUACAGUUUCUUGCACGAGGCCUCGGUCCGCCGGAUGGUGGCCACCGAGGCCAUUAUUGAACCCAGUCUGGUGCUCGCCAUGGCCGCCGUCGCCGGUCUGCUCUGCCGGUCGAGCCCGUUGGCUGUCGACGAACGCACCCGCUGCGUCGAGCACGCCGAGCAGCGUCUCUGGGCCCAUCUUGACACCCCAUCGUUCUUUCGUCUGCAAGCCUUGCUGCUGCUUGUCCAGUAUCACGCCCAAGUUGGGAACUUCGCCCGUGCCUUCAUGAUGAUCGCCGUUGUCAGUCGCAUGGCUGCCGCCCUGCGUCUGACGUAUGAGCAGCCGGACCUCGAUCCGAUCGUCCAGGAGAUGCGGCGAAGAGCCCUGUGGACGGUCGUCUUGCUCGAUGGCCACUUCUCCGCCGGCCUUCCCGGCUACGAUACCAUCCACUUGGACGCGAUCUACGUGCAGUUCCCAUCCACCGAGGAGGUCUUUGCGCGGGGGAAGGCGAGCGGUAAUCCCACGUGGCCACAUCCAAGCCUGCUCGCCUUGAUUCUGUCUCUGUCGCGCACCCGCCGCGACAUCAUGCGUUUUACUCGUCAGCUUGUCUUGGUUGAAGAGCCUUGGCCCCAGCUACAUGCUGUGGUCGGCGAGUUCCAGAAUACCCUGGCCCAGCUGCAGACGGACAUGACCGCCGCCGGCAGUUCUCGACUGCCACCACCUAGUGAGCGCUGGUUCGUGCGCCAUCUGGACAUCCAUCUCGCCUGGCAUCAUGCCCACUGCGACCUCUACCGCCUGUUUCUCCGUGGCUGUGCCGACGCUGCCCCAGAAGUCGUACUUGACGCCCUCGAGCCAAGUCUCGUCGCUCACGCCCACCAGACGUGCGAUGAGCACAGCGCCUGGAUGGCCACCGCUCUCGCCGGCUUGUCCUCCUCCGCUGCUGGCUCCGACCGUGUCUUGCCCCUCGGGGCAGCCGUGUGUGCCUUUCAGGCCGCGCGACUUGUCCUCUUCUUGCCGACCUUCCAGGCGCCAGGCUACCACAACCGCUGCCGCGCCGACGAGGCCCUACGUCGAGCGAAAUCCUUUCUCUCCUUUCUACAGGUCUCUUUCGGGGCCUCGGCUCCCACGCGCGACAUGGUCUCACACCUGGAGCGACUGGUCGCCUUGUACGACGUGGAUAACCCCUCGGUCGACCCUGACAUGCCCCAGUCCUCCUCCUCCUCCUCCUCCUCCUCCUCUAAUCUGGCAACAGAACGCCAUGGUCGACUUGCCAUCCAUAGUCUGAUCCAUCAGGCGAAAUUCGUCGACGAUAGCCAUUUAUAUCAGGGCUAUCUGAACAACGAUUCUUGA